AUGCGUGCGUGUGGGUGGGGUGCCCCUGUGUCGCAGCAUAAGAUGGAGUCUAUGCUGCUGCAGCCCGUGGUGGUGGAGAAAGAGGAGAGAGGAGAGGGGCCCGGCAGACUGGGGAGCAGCGCUGGUGAUGAAGUGGGCAGGCACCCGCACAUCCCAGUCAGGAGCAUCCACCAGGAGGCAGUAGAGGGGGGAGGAGGGGAGGAGAGCAUCACCCGGGAAUGCAAAGGCUGA